UGGUGUAGGCCGGACUGCGCAAUGGACUUACCACAUAUUACUUGCUUGGUUGUCCUGACGUUAGUUGGUCUAACAGCAUAACAAAACUCGAAAAAAAUAAGUCACCUGCGAUUGGCCACAACGAUAGCAGCAAACAUCUCGGUAUGUUUCGCGCACGGACAUGAUGGCUCCGAAAAUCCACCUCCAUGAGGUAUACUGGCUGGUGAUUCUGCACUGCCUGUCAAUAUAUAGGCCUGCAUGCGGACAGAAUGGAGAAGGCGACGAGUACGGAUCUUUCGAUUCAAACGCAGGCAGACCGGGCCAGCAGUUUGGAGAAGAUAUCCCAUACAAUGUCCCCAGCUCAUAUUCAAGAAAUAAACCCAACAUGGAAGUCGCCGAUGCAGGCGCCUCUUAUGAAAUGAAUGCUCCCAUCGCUAAAAAUCCUGUUGGAACUUCGGGUUUUAAUCCAGUGGUGGACGGUAGCUGGGGUCAGUGGUCCGAAUGGCAGUUUUGCUCGGUGACCUGUGGUCAAGGGGCCAAAGUUCGCGAUCGUCUUUGCAAUCAGCCGCCGCCUAGCAACGGCGGCCAGCCGUGCAUGGGCAAAAACGUGGAGAGCGGGAAGUGUCAGGCAUCGCAGAUAUGCGGCGGUAGUACAACGCUUCAAGAGGUGGUAGUGAUGGCAGGUUGGUCUGUGGUAUUAAACUGCUUCGCUGAUUGGUACAUACAACAGCACCCAACGGCCUCUGUUGAAUGGUAUCGAAACGACCAACCGGUAGAUGCCACAGCCGGCAAUCGUCAACUUGUAAACAUGGCGGACCUGCAGUUAGGGUUUGUGACGGCGGCUGACGAAGGUAUUUACGCAUGUGCUUUUCAGCAAGCGGGUCACACGGUAUACAUGACAGCCAUCGUUCUAAAAGUGAACCAGAUUGUACAGCACAUUUUGGACGAAGAUCAGAUCCAGCUGGUGGCUAUCUUUUGGCCAAUUGGCCUUCCAGUUCUGCUACUGUGUGCUGUUUUGUGCUCAAUGAGAGGGGAAGUUAAAAGAUACAAAAGGAAGGGAAUGCCACCAGAGGUGAUGGAGGAAAUCAAGCAGAGGAAACUAGAAAAUAAACGCAAGAAGGAAGAGGCCAAACGGGAAGCAAAGCUACAGAAAAAGGAGAAGAAGAAAUCGCCACCAGCCGCACAAGCUGCUACGGAGUCCGCACCUCCGCCCCCGGAACCUGGGGGCGGGGCUCCACCACCACCUCCACCCAGUGGUCCAGCACCUCCUCCCCCACCAGGGUCUAGUGCUGCGCCUCCGCCCCCUGGUCCCGGCCCAUCUGCACCUCCAGGGCCAGGCCCACCACCGCCUCCAGGCCCCAUGGCACCUAGCAUGCCCCCUCCGGGCCCUCCCACGGCUAUGGCACCUGGACCACCCGCUCCGCAGCACGAGAUGAUACCAACUCCCAUGGCAAUGAUGAUGAAGCAGGGUCCUCCCACGAUAGGUGCACCUCCACCCGCAGGGCCACCAAUGGGACCGCCUAUGGCACCACCAACAGGGCCACCUAUGGCACCGCCUGGACCGAGUGGACCACCCCCUCCUCCAGGAGGGGGUGGAGGUGGUACCCCAGGCCCACCUCCCCCACCCCCACCUCCCCCAUGAUCAACAUCUCAACAAAUCCUCUAGGCACUCCCAGCAUGGAGCUGUUGGGUAUGUUGCAGGGUUGUUGAACACAAUGUCCCGUUCAGAAAUAUGCAACGUGCCAAGACCUCAACGGCAAACACUGACUGAAAUAUUUUCUCCAUAAGUUCACACCCUUGGUAUUCAGUAUGAUUUCAUUUGGAGUACUUAGACAGUUUUUGUUCUAAUCUGGUUCGUAAGUGUUCAGGUGACUAGAAUCAUUUCUGAUUCUGAAAUUCAAGAUUUUCAGAAUUUCAUGUAACAGGUCAAUCAAUUUAAAAUUCUGUUUAGAUUCCGCAAUCAUAUUUUAGGAGUCAGAUUUAUAACAUUGUGAAUGUCUUUUAGGCUGGCCAUCAACCAUUAAUUAUAAUUAAUUGCCAUAAGUUCCCUCUCUGAAAUAUGUUUCAAUUUACUCAUCACACGCAGAUCUCUUACAGAAACCACUGACAUUUUCCUCGUAUUCAAUUGUUGUUGAAUUUAUUAAUUACAAGUCUUCCUGAUAUGAUAGGUUUCAUUAUUCUUUGAAUCUUAAAAAUACAAGCGACACCUGUACACAGUAAUGACAGCCGUUGUAUCUUACAAUGGUUUUUCUAAUGGUUUCUUUUGGGCAAACAAAAGCAUGAAUUCAAUCCCAAAACGGAAGUAAAAACAAACACAGACUUGAAA